AUGACAGCAGGACCGCAGGACCGGCAGGAUGCCACUCUCGCGGUUGAGAUGGAGGCGCAGGAAGUGAUGCCGGUCAGAGAUGUGCCGAUCCACAGACCAGAGGAACGGCAGUCUACGAGUGAGCGGUCGCUGAAAAGCGAGGAUGCGACCGAGGAUGCGACCGAGGAUGGAUAUCUGAAGGAAUUCAUUCCCGCCGCUUACUCUCACUGGGACCCGGAGCCAGGCUUCGCGCAUAUCGACGGCGACAUCAGCGGCCGUGGCUACAACGACACGACUGUCGACGUGAUCGCCGUGCCAUGCAUUGGCGCUUCUCCGGUCGAUACCUGGGCACGAGACCCCCUGAGCGAGGGUUACUUCGGGUUCCCUGUGGCGACCGAACUCGACAAGUAUUCCACCGUCAAGGAGCUGCCCGGAAGCAGCCUACUCUCGCCAACCAUUGACCGCGUUCUGCCCAAGGCCAGUCACACCUGGAUCAGACAGGGCAUUCGCAAAGAAGUCAACACUGCCCGGGUCAUGCUGUACAGACACCGCGAACUCACCGAGGGCAUGACGCUUGAACAGGCAGCUGACGAUCUGCUGGGACAACUCGCAAAGAUGCGCGCUGGCCUGACGAAGUCGCGGCCCAUCUUCUUUGUGUGUCACAGCAUCGGAGGCCUAGUCGUCAAGUCAGCCAUGGUCAAAGCUAGCCAGAAGGAGGAGCUGAAGCCUCUGGUGUUUGAUUGUCAUGGCAUGGCUUUCUUUGGCACGCCUCACCGGGGAUCCAGCUACCUGUCCAUGCCAAACCUCCGCGAGAGCAUCCAGCAUCUACUCUAUCUGCAGAGCCCCUUACCAAGAUCCAUUACCGACGAGCUACGGCUGGGCUAUAAACCCCUGUUGCGAUUACACGAGCAGUUCAUGGAUAUCGCCAGUGAGCUCAGAAUUUGGACCUUCUACGAAAUGAUUGACUCCCAACUGUCGGGCCUGGGCACUUCUGACUUUGACGAGGUUCACUUCAGUGCUCCUAUCACUUCCAUCAAGUCCUGUUUGAUCGGAACCAGAGCGGAGCAGGCGUUGUCACUAGAGAGCGACCAUGCCCACUGCGCCUCUUUCGGGCCGCUCAACAUACGGAUGAUGCACUCUUUCCUUGCUGAUCUGGGGCAGGCGGUUCGUAAGGCCGAGUCUCUAAGCGCGAACUUCAUCCAUACGCCGCUGCGACUCCCAAGCAAAGUCAAGCUUGAGUUGAUUGGGUUCUACGAAGAUCCCGAUAGCGAGACGAGCCAAGAUCUUAGACUUUACGUGACGAGGCACUAUCUGGAUGAGUUCCUUGACAAAGGACCAGAGAGCUGUCUUCGAGAACGAUUAAACACCGUAGCAGCGGAACCUCGAAGGGGAACUCUGCCUCCAUCACGGCGCCUCACAACGAACCCUUCCAGGAUGUCCGGUGCUCUGGGGAUCAUGCAAGAAUUUGGCCAAAGGUUCCUGGGCUCGGCUCGACCCGACGACUCAUCGAAAGGCCCUGGGCAGGAGACAGCGGACGCCGGCUCGCCAGAGAUUGUAGUGACAAGCCACGCACGGCGACCUUCAGUGGCUGGCGCAGCAACAGAACCGUUGCCUAACACUACCCCAAGACGAAGCCCAGGUCUGACUGUGCCUUCCUUGUCGACGCCGGGAUUUGGACGACCAUCCAGUCGAAGUAGCAGCGUCGGGACUGACAGCGAAGGUACAGGGAGAACUCUCUCAGAGCCUCUGGGAACUGAUAUCUCCCCAAAGGAGGGUGGUAGAGCGCCACAGAUUGGGCCUGCGAAUUCACAUGAUGUGAUGCCGGGUAUAGACGAGAGAGACCACAUAUCGGAGAGAAAAAGUCGACGCGAUCGCAUGAGUCGUGCAUCCGCUUUGCAAGACCUGACCGCUGGAUUCUCCAGGCCGGAUCCGACCAAGAGGAGAUUCAUGUGGAUUCAUCUACCGUUCAACAAUCCUCACUGGGUGAAGAGCAUUUUCGGAAAGCUUUCCGAGACCCAGAACCGAAGCUAUUCGAAGCUUCUGAGCAACGACUACUGGGCUAGCAAGCACGUUCAAGGGAGGCAUUCCAACUUACACGGCUCCAUUGUCACGAGGCGGAUGAAGCAUGGCAGGGCAAGGCCUGUUCCCAAAGACAUCAGUCAGCUCGAGUCGCUCGAGUGUCGAGUAAUAUGGGAAUUUAUUGGCCAUGAUCCACCACUCCACACACGAAGAACGCUAGAUGAGUAUGGCUACCCGUCAUUACGGGAUACCUAUGCCAGGGACGAUGAUCAAAUGUUGUACAAGCUUACAAAAGAGAGGUUGACGAUGCAGUCCAACCGCAAGCGGGACAUGUACCAUCCUGGCGGCGAAUCUUUCAGUGCUGUUUCGCCAGCUAGUCGAUUCAGGUCGAUUGCGGAUACGCUCUUGAAGUCUGAUGCGGCCAGUCGUGCAGAUGACACAGAGCCGGAGCUAGAAGAUGAUAUCAUCGAUGGUAAAGUGCUCAUGGUAGACCAGUUGUGGUUGUGGGCCGUUGAUGCAACGACUUUGAUGACGUUCUUCCCAAAACGAGAAUCCCAGCCGACAGAAGGUCCUCUUUUUCAACAAGCGGACCUCAGAAAUAGUGUCUAUAAUGAGCUCAACGGAGAUCUGACUGGACGCUGCAAUAACGCGUAUGACUUGGCAGCUUUCAUCACCCUUCACGCGGUCACUGUUCUCCUCGACCGAAGCUCCCAUCCCGAUCUCGAAAUCUUUCGCAUCUUCGAGGAAGCCCUGGGGAUAUUGACCGAGAAGAUGACCUCGUCACUCAAACGAUUCCGAAUGCAGACUUACAGGGAUAAUAUUCCCAGUGAGUCAGACUCGGACGAAGGGGACGACAACAAGUCGUCAACCAUCAAGAAGAGACACAAAAGAGAGCUGCAACGAGCCGAAAGACAGAACCGCGAAAACACAUCGGCGCUGCUCGAGCUUCGCGACAUGGAGGACGAACUCAGCACAUUGAAGAUCCUGUUCUCUGAACAGCAGGCCACGAUUGAGGUCAUGAAGAUGAACUACGAGAAGCCGGAGCUUCAGACGAACACGGAGUGCGGUCGUGCAUUCCUCAAAGAGGCGCUGAAGAGGCUGAAAGAAUACCAGAAACAAGCGCAUGACAUGAUCGAGCGCGUAGAUACCACAAGGAAAGAUUAUGAGAAACUCCAGGAGAUGAUCCAGCGCCAAGCCCAAGUCGACGAAGUGCGCUGGUCGAGAUUACAGACGGAACUCGCGAGCUCCCAGAACCUCUCGGUCAUGAUCUUCACCACGUUCACCGUUAUUUUCCUGCCCCUGAGUUUCUUCACCAGUCUCUUCGGCAUGAACACGCAGGAAUGGGGAGGCCCUGACGAGAACAACUUCGUCAGCCUUGGGGUCAUUGGAGCAAUCGCCCUCCCAGCCUCGGCCUUCCUCGUCGGCACAGCGCUCAUCGCCGCCUUCAGCAGCCGCAUCCAAGCCGUCUUCAAAGCCAUCUUCCGCAUAUACCGCUCGGGCGUCACACACUUGACGCACGAGCUAUCCAAGCUGAAACCAAAGGCAUCGAAAGAAUCCAAAGAGAGGCGCAAGGAGAUGAAGGCGAUGCGGGAGCAGCGGCGGCAGCGUAAACGAGAGCGCGGCUACGACUUCUGGGAGACGUUACGAGCGGACCGGCGCCCCGAGUACGAGAUCCCAGAUAUGAAUCGGAAGGGGGCUACGAAGAGGAGGCUGGCGGGACGUGGGACGUGGAGGAAGAUGGUGAAGGAUGGCUAUUGA